GUUUUUUCGCCUUUUUGUUUCGCGUCUGCCUCUGUUUAUAUGGCUAAGACUCGAUGCGUUCAUCUUCAGUUCGUCCACAUCGGUCACCACGAUUGGAAAAGGGAUAACUGAGUUUAUUCCAUUGUAAAAUUCAAAACACCUUAAUAUUUACUGGCGUUUCUUGUGUCAAAGAAACCAUAAAAUUCGUUGCAAAAUGGCGCGUGCUGCUCUGUGCAUGGCCGUCGCUUGCAUUUUUUUGCAAUGCGUGUACUCCGCUAAGUUCGAUGAUCAGAACCGUCGUCUGAUUCUCGAUAUUGACGAUCAAAAGACAACGAACCGUCAGUACUACUCGUCAAACAUUGACACAAAUGCCUAUCGGUAUGGCUACGAUGUGGGCAAGACCGGCAACUUCCAUCACGAGACCCGUGGUCCCGAUGGAGUUACCUACGGCUGCUACGGCCUGAUCGACCCCUACCACCUCCUCCGGGCAACACACUACGUGGCCGAUGCCCACGGCUACCGCACCGUGGAGCCGGAGAUGCCAGUGGAGACCUUCCCGCCCCAUCUGUACAGCGAGACCAACGGGGGUCCAUCGGAGCCCGGCAUUGUGCUGCAGUGGGAGGAGCUGUACUUCCCCAUCGGAUGCGGAAAGUUUGCGAAUGGCGCCCAGCACGGCGUUCCAUUCUUCCUAGAUGAUUUUAAGAACAAGGGCAGUAGCAACGAUGCGAUACCAUCGUUCUCAGCCAACACAAUUGUGAUCAAGGGCUCCGACCAGAAGAGUCUGCCCAUCCACAAGCCCACUGGUCCACUGGUGCCCCAGGGCACGGGGAUCUUUGGCACGGACAAGGGUCAUUCGGAUCUCAGCCAUCCCGGCGAUCAGGCGCCGUCCUUCCAUUCGGUGAACACCCUGCUACCGGGCAGCAACAAUGAUGGCCAGUACGUGCCGGAUAGUAAUCCGUAUGUGCAUGUGAUUGGACCCAAUGGCGGAAAUGGAGGCAACGGAGGCAGCGGCUCUGGCGGCGGUUUCGGUGGAAACGGAGGAUUUGGAGGCGUUGGCGGUUUCGGACCCAAUGGCCCGGGUGGCCCGAAUGGACCAAAGGGACCCAAGGGUCCCCCGGGACCACCGGGACCACCUGGCGGCUUGGGUCCGGUCGGCGCGGGAGGAGGAGCCUCAGGAAAACCGGUCCACAAGGAUGGCGAUCGCACUGGCCUGGGCGGCGGUUCCGGAAUCGGUUCCGGUGAUCGCAUCACCACCGGAAUCGGCGGCGGUGUCGGUGCUGGCGACCGUUACACCACCGGAAGCGGUGGUGCCGCCGGCUCCGGCGACCGUUAUACCACCGGAAGCGGUGGCGCCAUUGGUGGCGAUCGCACGGGCAGCGGUUUCGGAAUCGAAGCCAGUGGCCAGUAUCGCCCGGAUAAUGAGGGAACCUACACGAGCACCUACACGCACACAGAGACCGGUUUUCCUGGGGCCAUUCCAUACACUCCAGAUAACGGUAAAUAUAAUGGCAACAGCGGACGCUAUAACGGUAUUAACGAUGGUCGCUAUUAUCACGAUGAUUCGGGCAAAUAUGUUCACGUUGAAGGCCCCACUGGACCACCAGCACCUCCAUAUGUCCACGUUGUUGGACCCGAAGGCGGAUUCGGCGGAAAUGGCGGCAACGGAGGCGGCGGCGGCGUAGGCCCCGGCGGCCCAGGAGGACCUAAAGGACCUGGCGGCCCCAAGGGACCCAACGGACCACCCGGACCACCUGGACCACCCGGACCACCUGGACCACCCGGACCCAAGGGACCCACCAAGCCUGGACCAUUCGGACCUCCGGGACCACCCGGCCCACCUGGUAGGCCAACCUAGACACCUUUUAUUAACAGAUGUUAGAACAGAUCUCAUUGAAUUGCAGGACCUUCUCCCAACGAUCCCCGUUACUCGGACAAGGAGACGCCCGGCUAUCUGCCACCAAACCAACGGGGUAAAAUCUCGAAACCACCUCCAUCCUACUCACAAGUCAUUGAAAUUGAACCACCCAAAACAGUCUUUAAGCCGAAUUACGAACAAAAUAAUGAUUAUGCUAUUAAGAAACCAUCCGUAACGACAAAGCCACCACUAACAUAUAUUCCUCCUUCUUUUCCCAACACUCCAAAACCCUAUGUUCCCGCUCCCGUUCCCGCUCCUGUUCCCGCUCCUGUUCCCGCUCCUGUACCCGCUCCUCAACCGCCGUCCCAAAAAAUAACCACGACGAUCGUACAGCCAAAGGUGCCCGUCAUCACUAUUGAGAAGGAUAAGCCACAUAAGAGCGUUCCCACACCGCCAGUGACAACGGGUAAUAUUGAAAACCACACUUACUUGCCACCACCACCGCCGACUCCGAAAUACGUGACCCAGACCAAGACCCCGACUGCCAUUCCGGUUGCCACUGCGGCUCCGAUUCCAAUCCGUUACGAACCCUCGACUCCCCGACCCUUCCAAAAGGUGGUGACCAAGCCGCCGCAGAUCCAAUACCAGACACCACAGGUGCCCGCCGUGGUGGUACCCAAACUACCAGUGACCGUUCCGUACAAGCCCGUGACCCGACCUCCUCCCGUUUACGUUGAACCCAAAGUAACGCCACGUCCCUCUCCACCAUUGCAUGUGCCAUCGAUCAGCGAUCAGUCCUGUGUUUGUAACGCCGAUAAGACGCACUCAUCGAAAAGCACCCUUACCUCAACCACAACCACCACCACGAACUCCUAUCCCAAUCCCGCCUCCGUUGACUUUAAUAAACAAUUUUCCGGCUUCAAUGGACAAGCCAACUUUGGCAGCAUAAUAAACGCCAUGUCACUGACCCAGUUGCCGGUGAUACCUCAGGCCCCCGGACAGCCGGCCUUCUAUCCGCCGGAUAAGAUUCCCAAGGGAGCCGUCAUCGCCUUAAUGCCCGUGGUCAUCCUGCCGCAAGAGUACUACUCGAACUGUGAGGAGAACUCAAUUAACCAACACUCGAACAUCGACUCCUUCCCGCUGGGCGUUCAGCCUGGUGUAUCCUUCAGCCUGCACUCGGUGCUGACGGGUUCGGCGCCCAAGGAUCAGUGCAUGUGCCCAUGCUCAUGCACCCAGAAUCUGCCGGCCAGACUACACAAGAAACGCGAAGCCAGCGAUGCUGAGACUCCGCUGGAGGUCAAGGCUUCGGAGCCCGUUGCCGACGCCUCCGCCACCGAAGAGGUCAAAGCCCUGCCCGAUCCCGUUCCAGCCGCCGCCGAAGAGGUGAAAACCGUGGUUGAACCCGUACCAGCCGCCUCCGAAGAGGCGAAAGUACUGGCCGAUCCCGUUCCAGCCGCCUCCGAAGUGUCCAAGGCUGAGGUUCAACCAGCAGCCGCAGCUCCCGAGGAGGUUAAAGCAGCGGCGGAGCCCAAGCCCGCAGCAUCAGAAGAGGUGAAGGUACAGGCUGAACCCGUUCCAUCAGCCUCCGAGGAAGUGAAAGUGAAAGUUGAACCUGAAGCGGAGAAAGUUCUGGCUGACCCAAAACCCGAAACCAAGGCGACUAGCGAGACGAACUGAGACAAGGACGAGAGGACAAUCCAAUACCCCUCCCAAAUCCCGCUUAAAUCCCAUCCCAACCUCGAUCCUACCUCCUCCUCGAAAAACUAAACCUAGUCUAAGUGUUUUUAAUGUCUGCCAGGCAGGGCCAACCAGCAUUUAAGAAGCGUAAAUCGAAUGGAGAGCCCAGUUAAUGUGUUCGCUUUAUUAUAUUAAAUUUCGAAAACGAUGAUAAACGGUUUUGGUAAAUGCACUCCAAACCGCCUGUCCACGAUGAGUUUCGGAGCUCUCUAAUGUAAUAUCUCCCUCGGAUUCUAUUUGUAAUCUAAGCAUUUCCUUCAGAGAGCACUGUGUAUUGGCAAAAAUGAGAAAAUUGUUUUGUGACAUGUUGUUUAUUAUGCAUUUGUGUAUGCUUUUUAUUUUUUAUAAUUUGUUCACUUUUAUUUCUUUAUGAUUUUUAUGAACUUUAGUUUUUAGUUUAUUUAAUGUCUACGCUAAUCAUGAUUGAGACGGAAUAAUGAAUUGUUAUGUCAAAAGAGAAAUACUGAAAUUAAAUAAAA